UCAAAAAAACCAACUCUUACUUUUUUUUCUCUCUCUGAACUUCCAAAACUGCUUCUUUCAAACAAUCUCUCUCAGCAAACCCCAAAGGCCAAUUAAAACUCAGAAAACCAACACAAGAGAGAGUGAAAAAUGGAGAACUUGUUUCGCCUAGUUGACUACGAGGACAUGUUCUCAAAACGUUGCAUUUGGGUCAACGGACCCGUGAUAGUAGGAGCUGGUCCUUCAGGGCUAGCCACAGCAGCAUGCCUCAAACAACAAGGGGUACCCUUCAUGGUUCUCGAAAGAGCAGAAUGCAUAGCUUCCCUGUGGCAAAAACGCACCUACGACAGAUUAAAGCUCCACCUUCCAAAACAGUUCUGCCAGCUCCCUAACCUUCCAUUCCCCAAAGACUUCCCCGAAUACCCCACCAAGAAACACUUCAUAGACUACCUCGAAUCCUAUGCUCAGAAAUUCGAGAUCAACCCACGGUUCAACGAGUGUGUCCAGUGUGCUAGGUACGAUGAAACCAGCGGGCUGUGGCGGGUGAAGACCGUUGCCACGUGUGGCUCCGCCAAGAGCGAGUUCGAGUACAUUUGCCGGUGGCUCGUGGUGGCCACCGGCGAGAAUGCGGAGUGUGUGAUCCCUGAUAUUGAAGGGCUUGGUGAAUUCAAAGGUGAUGUUAUUCAUGCCUGCGAGUACAAGUCUGGAGAAAGCUUCAAAGGGAAGAAAGUGGUUGUUGUUGGUUGUGGCAACUCUGGCAUGGAGCUCUCACUUGACUUGUGUAACCACAAUGCUUCUCCUUCCAUGGUUGUUCGUAGCUCGGUUCAUGUGUUGCCUAGGGAGGUGUUUGGGAAGUCAACGUUCGAAUUGGCGGUUUUGAUGCUGCAAUGGUUGCCACUUUGGUUGGUUGACAAGAUUCUAUUGGUGUUGACAUGGUUGGUGCUGGGUAACAUGGAGAGAUUCGGGCUCAAAAGGCCUUCAGAGGGUCCAUUGUUGCUGAAGAACACAAAGGGGAAGACCCCUGUGUUGGACAUUGGUACCUUGGAGAAAAUUAGAUCCGGUGACAUUAAAGUUGUGCCAGAGAUUAAGAGGUUCAGCAAUGGCUACGUUGAGUUUGUUAAUGGUGAAAAGCAAGGAGUUGAUGCAGUUGUGCUUGCAACCGGGUACCGCAGCAACGUCCCUUCUUGGCUUCAGGAAGGUGAAUUUUUCUCCAAGAAUGGUUUCCCAAAAUCUCCAUUUCCUAAUGGUUGGAAGGGAAAUGCUGGACUUUAUGCAGUUGGGUUCACAAGGAGAGGGCUCUCAGGUGCCUCAUCUGAUGCUAUGAAUAUUGCUCAAGAUAUUGACCAAGUUUGGAAACAAGAGACUAGGCAAAAGAAACAACGCACCACUGCUUGUCAUAGACGUUGCAUUUCCCAGUUCUGAAUCACUCUAACUCAAAAUCAAAUACAACUACAUACAAGCAGUGAUGUUUCUUUUGUCAUAGGAAUUUGUUGGUGUAUAAACAAAAUAACAAUAUCUUUUGUAAGAAUACAGAAAAGAAAAAGAAAAAUACACGAAUAACAAAGAGCAGAGCAACAUAGGCCAUAGCCCUCUCCCAUGGCCCAAGUUUUUGACUUUUUUUGGGCCUUAUUUCUUUAGGAAACCAAGGAUGAUGAGGCUUUUCAGUUUUUACGAUUUGUUUUCCUAUAUUCGUACGGCGUAUACAUGUAACCAUAUUUCAUUGAUCAAGUUAAAUAACAAUUUGAAUUUCAUUUCCAUC